AUGAGGAAAAAUUCUAAGAAUAAAAAGGAUUUCACAAUUCCUGGUGUGGCCUGUGUGUCACAGGAAGACCAGGAAAACAUGACACUGAAAGUCACUUUGCUAAGUAGUGAGUGGAAAUCAUCAACUAAUGGGGACUUGUCAACUAUCAACCAAGAGCUGGCCAUCCAGUUAGCUAAACACCCCAAUGUGGAUGUUAGUGUCUUGCUUCUAAAUUGCAGUGAAGCAGACAGGAGCAGUGCAAAAAGUCACAAUGUGAAGCUCAUUGAAGCAGAUAGAGUUCCUGGUGUUGAGCCAGUUCUUUGCCUGUUAUUUCCUCCAAGAGACCAUAAAAUAGACUGUGUCAUUGGUCAUGGAGUUCACCUUGGCCGACCAAUUGCAAUCAUCAAGAGAAAUCCAAAUUACAGUCAUUGCAAAUGGAUUCAAGUUGUUUACUCUGCUCCUGAAGAAGAUGGAAUGUACAGUAACAUUUCAAUAGGUCAAAAAAUGCAAGAAACAGAAAUACAACUCUGUAAAAUGGCUGAUCAAGUUAUCACAAUUGGACCCAAGCUGACAGAAACUUACAAGGGUUACCUUCGUCCAGUUAAGCAGGAAGAAAAAGUUUUUGACCUUACUCCAAGCAUUUUCUCUGAAUUUUUGGCAGUAGAGCAAGCCACUGAAGACAAAACAACAUUCAGUAUUCUUGUAAUUGGAACUUGUAACAGCAGUGAUGAGUUCAAUGUCAAGGGGUACGACAUAGCUGCUAAAGCAAUUGCUGAGUUGAGAGAUGAAUCCUACAAACUCAAGUUUGUCUGCACAGCUGGAGGAAAAGGAGUUAUUGUAGCAGAAAAGUUGCUCCUUGAUGACAUCAGUCGUAACCAGCUUAUUGUUCGCAGCCUUGAUGAUGGUACAGAAGUGCUGGCAAACUUAUUCUGUGAAGUGGAUCUAGCAAUAAUGCCAUCCAGAACGGAAGGUUUUGGAGUAACAGCUCUGAAAGCCUUAUCUGCUAGUCUGCCUGUACUUGUCAGUGGUAAUUCAGGACUUGGAAAAGCUCUCAAGAAAGUGCCUUUAGGCUCACAGAGUGUGGUAGACUCUGUAGAUCCCAAGGACUGGGCCAAAGAAAUCAAGCGUGUCCGUCAGAAAGAGAGAGACGUGCGACUUUCAGAGUCAAGACUUCUACGUGAAAAGUAUUUGGAGAAGUACAACUGGGAGGAGCCUUGUAGGAGUCUUGUGAUAAAGAUGAAGAACCUUGUCUUUGGUAAAGCUCUACACAGCUCUCUAGACUGUGAAGAAACAGAGAGGAAUAAACAAGGAGAGUCCAUACCAGGCGCAGCUCCAAAUGAUUCAACAAAACAUGCACAGAGAAAUGUAAAAGAAGCUUGGACAGCAGCAGAAAAAGCUCCAAACACCUCUUUAAAGAGAAAAAGAACUUAUGGGGAUGAACAAACAAAGUCUGUUCAAGUUAAAAUUCCAAUAUGGAUUGAUUGUGGGACCAUCCCAGACCCUCAUCCACGACUUGAGACAUCAGGGACAGUGGUUAUAGCCAGUCAGGGUACUCAGGCUGGUAGCGAUGGGCUGGUAGUUACUAAAACGUCAGGAGGAACGCCUCAAGACACACAGGAUAGCCAGGCAGGAAGUCAUGACUUGUUAGUCACUGGAGUUCAACAGGUUCCACUGGAGGCAGUGGAACCUGUUGCAUCGGCUGGUCAACCAUUCGCAGGAAGAACAGGAAGCGUUGAAGAAGCAGGUGCUGGAAACGAGGCUGCACCCAACGUACAAGAGGUUUUGAAUUUCAUCGCACUCAGGCACUUCAAGAAAGUUGACCCUUCUAAACCUGAGGAGUUAUAUGGCUUUCUACAAUAUUUAAAAGAAGUGCGCAAAGUUCUGGUUCUGGAAUGGAAAGUAGGAAGUUUGAUAUUGACAGCACUAUGUAGUUCAUUGGAGAUACUGGAUGCCCUGUGGUAUGACUAUUGCACAGGUCACCUGAAUGACAUGGCACAGAAAUAUCUUGUGACAAGGGACGUUCUGAAGGAGUUUGACUUGACUGAGCUGAAACUGACAACAACUAUUCAGAUGGAGGAGUACAUUGCUGCACGAAAGUUUUUUCUGCAGGGUUCAGAAAGAGCUCCAAACACUUCUUUAACGAGUAACACAACUGAUGGAAAUGAACAAACAAAGUCUGUUCAAGACACUUCAUGCCGGGUAGAUACAGGUCUCAAUCACAACCUGAUAAACUUUAGUCUCCCUCCAAAUCAAAGGCUUGACAACUUAGUAUACAACUAUAAAAUGGCCUAUUCGACCGCAUGUUUAGACAACGAUACAGUGGAUUAG